CCAACACUCUAACAUGUAUCCCAUGGGUAUUCGGAAAUAAGUAUCGAUUUUUGAAUCCGACGACGAGAGUCAAUAGAACAGCGGAUGCAGAACGGUUGUCUGAGGUAACGAUGGAGAUAAGCAACUUAAGGCGUCGACAGUAAACAAACCAGCAUCUCCAUCCUUGCCCUGAAGACACAUACAUCAGCGACAGCGCCACGCAUGCAAAGGUGGCACUAUGGCUAAUCCUGUUAUAUCAACACGUGAGAUCAAAGAGAAUAUUCUGAAGUGUGACAGAUGCGAGCAGCAGUUUGACAGCGAGGACAAGAUACCACGUGUGUUGCCAUGCCAACACAGCUUCUGUUCUCAGUGCUUGGAUGACGUGUGGACGAUGGGAUCUAAACUCAGUUGCCCGUCUUGCGACCAACUGUGGGAUGUCCGGGAGUCGGUGGAGGAAACCUUCCCCGUGGAAUACGUUGCCAUGAAGUUCGUCGUAUUUGUGGAACUGAAGGGAAGGAAAGGGAGGCGACUCUGUACCGACUGUUCCGAGAAGUCGCCAGCAACCCACCACUGCCUUAACUGUCAGCUGUACAUUUGUGAAGAGGGAUUGAGGGCCCACAAACGCUUCUACAAACAGAAAGCCCACAAGAUUCUCUCUAUUGCAGAAAUACUGAAGCUGCCCGAGAACUAUCUGACACAAACCGAGACAUGCACCCUACAUCCUGGGUCGACGCUGGAUCUGUUCUGUGAGAAGCCAGGCUGCAUGAAAGCCGUGUGCCCAUCAUGCGCCAUUGUUGAGCACAAAGAGCGGGAUGGGCACGAGAUUAGGGAUGUCCAGGAUGUCGUGAAGGAUGAGAAGAGGGCGGUGUCGGAGGCACUGGAGGAACUGAAAGAGAGGCAGGAGAGAACAGAGUCGGAGAAGUCAGAGCUGGAAAGGGACUUGUUUCAUCUGAAUAUUGAGAGCAAGAAGUUGGAGGCACAAAUUGAACGUUAUUUCGACAGCUUCAUUGAACAGGCCGAGGAACAGAAGGAAGUGCUGAAGAACAGUCUUCACAUUGCUAUAGCAGAUGAAAGAGAUCAUAUGAGUGCGUGUCUCACUGCCUUCAAAACAACAGCUCAAACAGAGACAGACUACGCCGACUACUGCAGGAAAGUGAUGGAAGAGGCAAAACCAGGCAACUUCCUCCAGGAAAACGAAAACAUAAAACAGAAACUAAAUGCUCUGAUCACUGCUCCGCUUCCAGCUAAGCCGGACAGAAAGGAGAUUUUUGUUGACCUGACAUCACUGAGCGACAUAACAAAAAAGAUGGCCAAAGUAGGCGAGAUAAUCUACUUGGAUAACACGAUGCUGCAGUGGAAGGUUAUCAUUGAGAUUACAGACUCCCUACAGGACGAAGAGGACAUGGUGAUUGUGAGAGUCUUUCUCAAAUAUAUGGGCAACGUCAUCGUCGUGCCUAAGCCUGCUAGCAUCAAGGCUGUGAUAGAAGACUCCUCAGGAUUGACCAUCAGCCGGGUACUGGAACAUCUUGGUGAUAUGGGUGAAGCUGCAUCCACACGCAGUGACGAAGUGGACUCUCCGGAUGCAAGGCGUCAUCAUUCUACAAAGAACAACAGACGACACGUCCACAGUAACGGCGAUAGUGGCUACCACAACGGUGACAUGUCAGGGGAUGGCAGGGGCACACUGGAUCCGGAUAGAUAUGAAGAAAAUAUCACUCCUACUGAACAGGAUGUUGGGAAUAUAAGGUACACGCCAAUCUCUAGGAACAGGACCAGCCUGAAACAAACUGGGUCACAGAAAUCUAUCGGAGUUGCGUCGUCGGUCGACCUGCAAGAUCUGGGAAAGGGCAAACAGCGAAGCAGGGCAAGCUACAGACAGAUGGAGAGUGUAGACUCGAAGGUCUCCUUUAACGACGAUGUGAUGGCAAACGGCGCCCACACAAGCCCCCGUGGAGCAGACGAUAGGAACGGUUUCCACCCGCCUGGGUCGCUACAUGAAGGCGGAUCGAGGUCCGGAGCUACCAAUAGGACAGGAAAUGUCAAGCGUGACCUUGAGGCAACCUUUGAACUCCGCUUUUCUCCCAGGCAUCCUGGCCCACACAAGGUGAAUUUCCGACUUGGUGGGUACGCGGUGGAAGAUGAAGCCUUCAUGUUCGACAGCAAGGAGCCCGCAGAGGAGAACGCCAUGGAUCGAUCUCUUCACUUUCUGACAUGGAAGGGCGAGUCUGAGGUGCUUGUCAAGUCAGUCAAACUGCCCCACAUCACCUUAUCGGAGGACAAGUUGAACCGCGAGCAGUGUACCAUCACCACAUCCGGCAAGCUUGUCAAAUCACCCUCAGAGAGGGGAGGCUCGGCUGGCUUCAGCAACUAUUGCGGAACUACCGGAAGUCGGUGUUUUUCUGGAAAGGGCGUCCAUUAUUGGAAUGUCACAUGUAAUGUCCGAGUCCUGGCGAAGGUCUCGUCGUUUGGAAAGAUGAUACUUGAGGCCGCUGUAGCCCACGGCGACGUCUUGGACAACUCCUACUGCGUGUGGGAGACGCCUCGAGCAUGGAGCCUUGUCGUCAGCAUCUGCUCAACACACAAAGCCAUUUGUGUCAAGGUUGUCUGUAACUCCAAGGUCCUGUUUGACACUCCCGUCAUGCAGUGCGAGGAGGAAGCCACAAUCGACCUUGACAUGGGCGUCAUGUUAAACCUGGAUCAACGCAGUCUCACGUUCCUGGAUGGAAGAACUGGUGACGUCAUGUGGACCUUCGAGGAUAUCGACACCACUAAAUCACUGUGGCCAGUAUUUGGUGUCUACAACAGAUACCACUUCAGCGUAGAACUCGGGGUCACUUCAGGUGAUAAGCUCGAGCUGAACUCGGAGAUGUCAAAGGCUGUAGAAGAACUUUUGUGAGCAGAACGCUAUGGAAAAUCUCUUGCUAUGCACCUUCUUCGCGAUUGUUUCAGGAGCGCGAUUGGAUUCGUUCAGACAUGAUGAUCACCAAACAUCUCCCCAAGAUGUUCUUGUGCCUGUAAAUCUGCUGUACAACAAAGGCAGUAAUGCGGGAUCCUCUACCUAUACCACUCAAAAAUGAGUUAAGGAUCGCCCAAUUCUUUCAUAUUAUAUUCUUCAUCUGUCAUGCCAUGACAUUAAUUUGAGUAAUAUUAAAGAAUCCGAUAAUCCUAAAAUUAUGUGAGCAGUAUUGAUAGUAUUUUAGGAAACUAGUUUCUACAAUAACACAACUUUUACGCACUCCCUGUAAGGAAACAGUGCACAUAACCUUCACUUUGGUUCACAAAUUCUGAUUGUUUGAAGCAUCAAGACAUCAUUGAAUGUCUUCACAUCAUACUGUAUUAUAUAAGUGUUCCAAACUGGCGCCUGUCAUUGUGAUAUAUUCUGUAUGAGAACGAGGCUAACCCCAGACGCUGGCAAGAGGCUCUAGAUUGGCAGUCCCAGGAAGUUUGAUUUUAGUCACUAAAACAGCACUUUGUUUGUUUACUCGCUUUCCCUAAAUGAUGUACUCGCCACAGCGAAUAGGACUUCUCCCAUGAAGCGCUGCCCAGUCAAACCCGGCGAGAAAUUUUGGGAGAAUGUGAAGACUCACCAACACUGCAGCCUUCUGCAUUAUCCAAAUUGUCAGAAGGGUUGUAUUCCUGGUAACAAACCCGGGUACUCUCCCAAUGACAGUCAACAGAGUGGGAGGUACCAAACCUAAGGCACCGAGAACAAUAGGAAGUCAGACAAACGUGGCAUUUCGAACGCGAUGUCUGCAUAUUUGCCAUGUGUUCCUGAAUCUUGUCAAUCACAUUGGUGUCAAAAGACACAGAUAAUUCAAUAAUAUAAAUGAUUUCAUUGGAUUAUAACAAAAAGGACAAGAUCAGGAUUGUUGACAUGGAUACGUCUGAGGCUGUAUACGGCCCUUUUCCAAAGAAUUUGGUAUUGAUAAUUUUCCAUGACGCCCUCUACAUAUUCCUGGUCGUACCAUGGAUGGACCUCUGUGUCAAAACCACAAGCAUGGCGAAGACGGUA